AAAAUGAUAGAUUAUAUUGCAUCAUUAUGGAUAGGAACAGCAGCUACAAUAUGGAAAAACACACCUCAACACUUAAAACCUAAAACACUAGAAGAUUACAGACAUAGAUACAAACAACCAGAUGGAACAAUAGCUAUGAUACCUACUGCAACAGGAUUAUACUCAUUUAUUAGAAAACAUUGGAAAACAGUAUCUGAAAAUGAGACAGCAUUUAAAAAAUUAUAUGAGAUAACAUUUAGUCAUGCAAGAUAUAGAUCAAUUACUGAAUUUAAUUCUGAUUUUACAGAUAAACUUUUAAGAACAGGAAUAGAAUACACUGGAAAUCAUGAAGCAUGG